AUGUCUGAAGAAAAGAAAACAGUAUCCUCUGAAGAAAUAACAGAGGAAGUAGUCACCGUGACUACGGCACACGUCACUGAAAAAGAAAUCAUCGAUGAGAAACAAGAAAAAAAAGGUGGCAAUCUCCAAGUAGAAGAACAUGAACACGUCCACGUAACCGAAGACAUCCCACCAGAGCUCGAAGAGCUGCUUCACACCGAUCCAACAAAGGGUCUUACUACUGAAGAAGCCGCAAAACGAAUAGAGAGAUUUGGUCGCAAUGAAAUUGCUGAAGUGAAGACUAAUUAUCUACUAAAGUUUUUGGGUUAUUUCACCGGUGCUAUUGCUUACCUGAUCGAACUGGCUUGCAUCUUUGCGAUCGUUCUCAAGCAUUGGCUCGACUUUGGUGUCAUUCUCGCUCUUCUCUUUACCAACGCUUUUAUCGGUUUCAUUGAAGAAGCUCGUGCCGAAUCCGCUCUCGAUGCCCUCAAAAACACGCUUGCUCUCAAGGCAAAGGUCUGGCGUGACGGUCACUUUAUCGAUCUCGAUGUCGCAGAAUUGGUUCCCGGUGACGUUAUUGGUCUUCGUCUUGGUGAUAUCAUUCCUGCCGACGCUCGGUUAUUGGGUAUUUCCGUCACCGGUGGCGAAACGGAAGGCGCUCUCUCCAUCGAUCAAUCUGCAUUAACCGGCGAAUCGUUACCAGUCGAGAAAAAGAAGGGUGAUACCGUUUAUGCUUCAUCUAUCGUCAAGCAAGGCCAGAUGUUGGCUGUCGUCGUAAAGACCGGUAGUGACACUUUUAUUGGCAGAGCAGCAAAUUUGAUUUCGAUUACCGUCGAACAGGGUCAUUUCCAGAAAAUUGUCAACCAAAUUGGAAAUUUCUUGAUUUUAAUCACGAGUGUGUUGGUCGCUAUCAUCUUUGUUUACCAAAUGAUCAAGUUCCGCCACACUGAUGAUGGAAAGGUACUCAAGGUCCUCGGCAACGUUCUCGUGCUUACCAUUGCUGCUAUUCCCGUCGGUCUUCCAACUGUAUUGUCCGUCACCAUGGCUGUGGGUGCUAAACAACUAGCUGCAAAGAAGGUUAUCGUCAAGCGUCUUACGGCGGUAGAAGAAAUGGCCUCCAUCUCUGUAUUAUGCUCAGACAAGACUGGUACGCUAACGCUCAACGAACUCACCUUUGACAAACCUUAUUUAUCGCCUGGUUUCAGCGAAGAAGAUAUCCUAUUGUACUCGUACUUGUCAGCUGAACCUGGUGCAAAUGACCCAAUCGAGUCUGCUGUAAGAAAUGCCGCCGAGAGCACUCUCGAAUUUCUCAAGAACCGUCCCAACAAACAUGAAAUCCCCGGAUACAAGCAAACUGCCUUUGUUCCGUUUAAUCCAACCACCAAAAUGACUUCUGCCACUAUACUCAAUCUCGAGACGAAAGAUGUAUUUAAAGUAGCAAAGGGUGCUCCGCAGGUUAUAAUCAACCUGGUCGGCGGUGAUGAUGACGCUGUCAGAGCAGUUAACGCGCUUGCGCGUCGUGGUCUUCGCGCUCUCGGUGUAGCCCGUACGAAACCUGGUAAUCUUGAGAAAUACGAGUUAGUCGGUAUGAUCUCCCUUCUCGAUCCUCCACGUCCAGACUCUGGUGAAACCAUACGUCGAUGCAAUGGCUACGGUGUUGAAGUUAAAAUGAUUACAGGUGAUCAAUUGAUCAUUGCCAAAGAAGUUGCUCACCGUCUCGGAAUGCAACGUGUUAUUCUCGAUGCUAAUCACUUGGUGGAUGCCACAAAAUCUGAAGAAGAAGUUACACAACAUUGUGAACGAGCCGAUGGAUUUGCCCAGGUCAUUCCUGAACACAAGUACCGUGUGGUAGAAUUGUUGCAAAAGAGAGGACUACUUGUCGGUAUGACUGGUGAUGGUGUGAAUGAUGCGCCAGCUUUGAAGAAGGCUAAUGUCGGUAUUGCCGUUCAUGGAUGUACGGAUGCCGCAAGGUCCGCUGCAGAUAUCGUAUUGCUUGCCCCCGGUCUUUCUACAAUCGUCGAUGGUAUUACAACUUCAAGAGCAAUUUUCCAACGUAUGCGAUCAUAUGCCUUGUACCGUAUCACCUCCACAGUACAUUUCUUGAUGUUCUUCUUCACAAUUACUCUCGCCCGUGAUUGGACAAUGGAAGCUAUUCUUUUGAUUUUGAUUACCAUUCUUAAUGACGCUGCAACACUUGUCAUUGCUGUCGACAACGCAAAGAUUUCAAAACAGCCAGACAAAUGGCGUCUUGGUCAACUGAUAACGCUAUCGAUACUGCUCGGCGCUCUCCUCACGGCAGCAUCGUUUGGUCAUUUCUUCAUUGCACGUGAUGUAUUCCAUAUUCCUGAGAGGGAUCCCAACGACAAGAGACUCGAGACGAUUAUGUAUCUUCAUAUUUCCUCAUGUCCGCACUUUGUUAUCUUUUCUACACGUCUUUCCGGUUACUUUUGGGAGAAUCUUCCGUCACCAAUCUUCUUCGUGGCUGUUAUGGGAACUCAAGUCUUUGCCAUGUUUAUCUCUAUCUAUGGUGUGCUCACACCCGCCAUUGGUUGGGGAUGGGGUCUUUCGAUCAUUAGUUUCUCGCUUGUCUACUUCUUUGUACUUGAUUUCGUCAAAGUGCAAUUAUUCAAGAACUGGUCAUUUGCGUUUACUGCUACGGUUUGGCCAACACGAGCAAGGCGAAACAAGUUAAACGCUCGUAGGGCCGAGGAAGAGCGUCUGAAGAAAGUUGCCAUGACUGUAAGGAAGGUUAGAAAGGUUGUACAUGUCUGCAAAGCAUUACUAGUCAUGAAGUCAUCCUCCACAAAGAAAAUUGCACAAUAA